AUAAUGGCAGAAACUGCUUCUCCUUUGAAGCACUUUGUGCUGGCUAAGAAGGCAAUCACUUCUAUCUUUGAUCAGUUAUUGGAGUUUGUUACUGAAGGAUCACAUUUUGUUGAAGCAACAUAUAAGAAUCCAGAACUUGAUGGAAUAGCUACUGAGGAUGAUGUGAUAGAAAUACAGGGGUAUAAAAGCAAGCUUUCUGUUAUUGGUGAAGUGCUAUCUCGGAGACACAUGAAAGUGGCAUUUUUUGGCAGGACAAGCAGUGGAAAGAGCUCUGUUAUCAAUGCAAUGUUGUGGGAUAAAGUUCUUCCUAGUGGAAUUGGCCAUACAACCAACUGCUUCCUGAGUGUUGAAGGAACUGAUGGAGAUAAAGCGUAUCUUAUGACAGAAGGAUCAGAUGAAAAGAAGAGUGUGAAGACAGUUAAUCAGCUGGCCCAUGCCCUUCAUAUGGACAAAGACUUGAAAGCUGGCUGUCUCGUACAUGUGUUUUGGCCAAAGGCAAAAUGUGCACUCUUGAGAGAUGACUUGGUUUUAGUAGACAGUCCAGGCACAGAUGUCACUACAGAGCUGGAUAGCUGGAUUGAUAAGUUUUGUUUAGAUGCUGAUGUCUUCGUUUUGGUUGCAAACUCUGAAUCAACAUUAAUGAACACGGAAAAGCAGUUUUUUCACAAAGUAAAUGAACGGCUUUCUAAACCUAAUAUCUUCAUUCUGAAUAAUCGUUGGGAUGCUUCGGCAUCAGAACCAGAAUACAUGGAAGAUGUACGUAGACAGCACAUGGAAAGAUGCCUAAAUUUCUUGGUGGAGGAGCUAAGAGUUGUGGAUCUUUUAGAAGCAAAGAAUCGUAUCUUCUUUGUGUCAGCCAAGGAAGUUCUUAGUGCUAGAAAACACAAAGCACAAGGGAUGCCAGAAGGUGGUAUGUCACUUGCUGAAGGAUUUCAGGCAAGAUUGCAAGAGUUUCAGAAUUUUGAACAAACUUUUGAGGAGUGUAUCUCGCAGUCAGCAGUGAAAACAAAGUUUGAACAGCACACUAUCAGAGCUAAACAGAUACUAGAUACUGUGAAAAACGUAAUGGAUUCAGUAAACGUGGCAGCAGCAGAGAAAAGAGUAUACUCAAUGGAAGAGAGGGAAGACCAAAUUGAUAGAUUGGACUUUAUUCGAAACCAGAUGAACCUUUUAACACUGGACGUUAAGAAGAAAAUCCGAGAGGUUACAGAGGAGGUGGCAAACAAGGUUUCAUGUGCCAUGACAGAUGAAAUUUGUCGACUCUCUGUUUUAGUUGAUGAAUUUUGCUCAGAGUUUCAUCCUACUCCAAGUGUAUUAAAAGUGUAUAAAAGUGAGUUAAAUAAGCACAUAGAAGAUGGUAUGGGGAGAAAUCUGGCUGAUCGGUGCACCAGUGAAGUCAAUGCCUCUAUGCUUCAAUCCCAGCAGGAAAUUAUUGAAAAUUUGAAGCCAUUACUUCCAACUGGUAUACAGAAUAAACUACAUACACUCAUCCCUUGCAAGAAAUUUGACCUUAGCUAUGACCUAAAUUGCCACAAGUUAUGUUCCGAUUUUCAAGAAGAUAUUGUGUUUCGUUUUUCCCUGGGCUGGUCUUCCCUUGUCCACCGUUUCUUGGGCCCUACAAAUGCUCAGAGGGUGCUUCUGGGAUUAUCAGAGCCCGUAUUUCAGCUUCCUAGAUCUUUAGCCUCUACUCCCACUGCUCCUACCAAUCCGACAGUGCCAGAUACUGCAUCACAGGAAGAACUUAUGGUUACCUUAAUAACAGGACUAGCUUCUCUUACAUCUAGAACGUCUAUGGGCGUCAUUGUUGUUGGAGGAGUGAUUUGGAAAACUAUAGGUUGGAAACUCAUAUCUGUUUCAUUAAGUAUGUAUGGAGCUUUGUAUCUUUAUGAACGCCUGACCUGGACCACUCGUGCCAAGGAGAGAGCCUUUAAACAGCAAUUUGUGAACUAUGCAACUGAAAAACUACAGAUGAUUGUGAGCUUCACAAGUGCAAACUGCAGCCAUCAAGUGCAACAGGAAAUGGCUACCACUUUUGCUCGCCUGUGCCAACAAGUUGAUGUUACUCAAAAACAUCUGGAAGAAGAAAUUGCUAGAUUAUCCAAAGAAAUAGAUCAGUUGGAGAAAAUACAAAAUAAUUCAAAGCUUUUCAGAAAUAAAGCUGUUCAACUUGAAAACGAGCUGGAGAAUUUUACUAAGCAUUUUCUGCAUUCAAGCAACGAAGGAGAAUCUUAA